AUUCAAUUGACAACCUAACCUCCUCGUGUUCUUCUUCCGAUGCAAUAGUUUUACUUAUAUUUAUACAAUAACGAUCUUGAUCGUAAAUAUUAUAAUACGUGUUACAACAAUAUUCAUUGUUAAAGUAAUUAUCAGAUUUGACGGCUCUCUCUCUCUCUCUAAUACGAUGGGCAAGUCGAAAGACGUAAGCACAGAAGAGGAAAUAAAUUUAGAUACGAGCGAUGUCCCGCCGCAGAAGAAACACAAGAAGCACAAGCAUAAAAAGCACAAGAAGAAGAAGCUCAUGCAUGAUGACAGCGAUAAUUUUGCCGAUAUCUCAGCUGAUGUCGAUAGGAAGAAAAGUUUUAGAAUAAAAGUGAAGAAAGAAGAUGAGAGGAGUAAUAUAGACAAACGAGAAAAAAUAUUAAAAGCAUGCAGUUUAAAUACACCUACAACAAGUACCGCGCCUUCUCCAAAAGCAACCACAAAGAAGAAAAUUCCCAAAGGUAACAAGGGCAGAGAUAGUGGCACCAGCAGUGAAGAAGAAAGAUGGCUGGAUGCUAUUGAAUCUGGUAAACUUGAAGAGGUUGACGAUGAAUUAAAGAAAAUUAAGCCAAAGGAUCCCAAACUGAUGACAGCUCGACAGAGAGCAAUGUUUGAGAGGAAGACUGACACGGAGCCGAAUCAAAGUGUCGAGCAGCUGAUGUCAUUACCGACUGGUUAUAAGGAAAAAGUCAUGACUGCGGAAGCUAUACAGAAAGCCGCUUUGAAGUCUCUGAAACGAAAACAAUUAGCUGAUGAAAAGAGGGAGAAGGAUAAGAAAAAGACAAUGGAGAGACUGCUUAAGAAGCAAGAAUCCAAAGCGUCCAAAGUCAUCAGCAAAGGAAGAUUGUCGAGGCGGCAAGUGCCAUUGGUCACUUAUCGUUUGACAAUCGAGGGGAGUUCUAUAUCACUACCACCUGGUGAGGAUUUCCCGCUUCGUUCUGCCAAGGAAAGAAGUCCACCAAAGCAAAUUCUCUGUGGCGUUGAUCAAUGCAAACAGCCAAAAAAAUACACUUGUUCGAAAACCGGAGUACCGUUAUGCAGUUUAGAAUGUUAUAAAGCCAAUCUUCUUCUAGCGACUUGAUGUAAACGGUAUCUCAAGGCUGUAUCUCAAUAUGAUUUUAUAUCAGGAUGAAUAGACGACAAAUUAUAUCGCGAUACAGCCGAAUGGUACGAUAGAUUAGAAAUACAUCGAUAAUAAAUGUACAUAUUUAUAUGCGAAUGUCAUCUUUUCGAUCUUCAAAAUCUUGCAAAUAUAGCCUGCCAAAUCAUCAUGA